GCAGGAUCGGAGAGGCUGCGGCUCCCAGCUCCAGGAGAGAGCGGCAACCUUUUCUGUUUGAACUUGCAAUUCCACCCUAACCUCCUGCUUAAAUGUGCACCUUUUGCAAACUGAGCUAGGCGUUUGCCCAGCCCUCUGUUUAUCCUGGUUAGAGUCGAUUUCCACCCCCCCCCCCCCGUCCCCUGGGGAUUUUCUCUUGUUUGAGCUUUGCCGCUGGUGUUUUAAAAGAUGGGAAACCGUGGGAUGGAGGAGCUGAUCCCGCUGGUUAAUCGGAUGCAGGAUGCUUUCGCUCAGAUCGGACAGAAUGCUAACCUGGAUUUGCCCCAGAUCGGGGUGGUGGGGGGGCAAAGCGCCGGCAAGAGCUCGGUGCUGGAAAAUUUCGUCGGAAAGGAUUUCCUUCCUCGUGGAUCUGGGAUUGUGACCAGGAGGCCCCUCGUUCUCCAGCUGAUUAACUCUCCGACAGAAUAUGCAGAGUUUUUACAUUGCAAAGGGAAGAAGUUCACAGACUUCGAUGAAGUGCGGCAGGAAAUUGAGCAGGAGACGGACAGGGUGACUGGCAGCAACAAGGGAAUCUCAUCUAUUCCAAUCAACCUGCGAGUCUAUUCACCAAACGUCCUUAACCUGACCUUGAUUGACCUCCCUGGAAUGACCAAGGUGGCAGUAGGUGACCAACCUCAGGACAUCGAGUUCCAGAUCAGAGACAUGCUCAUGCAAUUUGUCACCAAGGAGAACUGUCUGGUCUUAGCAGUAUCCCCUGCCAACUCGGACCUGGCCAACUCCGAUGCCCUGAAGAUAGCCAAAGAAGUUGACCCUCAAGGCCUGCGUACAAUUGGGGUCAUCACUAAACUGGACCUAAUGGACGAAGGAACAGAUGCUCGCGACAUCUUGGAAAACAAACUGUUGCCCCUUAGACGAGGUUACAUUGGUGUCGUGAACAGAAGUCAGAAGGACAUUGACGGGAGAAAGGACAUCCAGGCAGCUCUGGCUGCUGAGAGAAAAUUCUUCCUUUCACACCCAGCGUACCGGCACAUGGCCGAUCGCAUGGGGACACCUUACCUCCAGAAGGUCCUCAACCAGCAAUUGACGAACCAUAUCCGGGACACGCUACCUGCCCUCCGAAACAAGCUACAAAGCCAGCUGCUGUCCAUUGAGAAAGAGGUGGAAGAAUACAAGAACUUCCGACCUGAUGAUCCAUCCAGGAAAACCAAAGCCUUGCUACAGAUGGUGCAACAGUUUUCUGUUGAUUUUGAUAAGCGCAUUGAGGGCUCGGGGGAUCAGAUUGACACCUACGAGUUAUCGGGCGGUGCGAGAAUAAACCGCAUUUUCCACGAGAGAUUCCCCUUCGAACUUGUCAAGAUGGAGUUUGAUGAGAAGGAGCUGCGACGGGAGAUUAGUUACGCUAUCAAGAACAUUCAUGGAAUCAGAACUGGGCUCUUCACCCCUGACCUUGCUUUUGAGGCUAUAGUGAAAAAGCAGAUCCAAAAGCUGAAGGAGCCAUGUUUGAAGUGCGUAGAUAUGGUGGUGAGCGAACUCACUGGCACCAUCAGAAAGUGUACUGAAAAGCUGGGACAAUACCCGCACUUACGGGAAGAAAUGGACCGGAUUGUGACCACUCACAUCCGAGAUCGGGAAGGGAGAACAAAACAGCAGGUCAUGUUGCUGAUAGACAUUGAGUUAUCCUACAUGAACACAAACCAUGAGGAUUUCAUUGGGUUUGCCAAUGCACAACCGAGGAGCAGUCAAAUGAGCAAGAAGAAGGCUGCCAGCAAUCAGGUAAUCAGGAAGGGCUGGCUGACCAUCAACAACAUUGGCAUCAUGAAAGGAGGGGCCAAAGAGUACUGGUUUGUGCUGACAGCUGAGAAUCUUUCCUGGUACAAGGAUGAUGAGGAGAAGGAGAAGAAAUACAUGUUGCCACUUGACAACCUGAAGCUGCGUGACAUAGAGAAGGGGUUUAUGUCGAGCAAACACAUCUUCGCUCUCUUCAACACAGAACAGAGGAAUGUUUACAAGGAUUACCGGCAGCUGGAGUUGGCUUGCGAGACCCAGGAGGAGGUGGAUAGCUGGAAGGCUUCAUUCCUUAGAGCUGGUGUCUAUCCAGAGAGAGUUGGGCAAAGUGAGAAUGAAGAGAACGGCUCUGGUGACAACUUCAUGCACUCAAUGGACCCUCAGCUGGAGAGGCAGGUGGAAACUAUCCGCAACCUGGUUGACUCGUACAUGGGAAUUGUCAACAAAACCAUCCGGGAUCUCAUGCCCAAGACAAUCAUGCAUCUCAUGAUUAUUAAUACAAAAGACUUCAUUCAGUCUGAACUACUGGCCCAACUCUACUCAUGUGCAGACCAGAACAUCCUGAUGGAGGAGUCUCCUGAGCAGGCACAACGUCGCGAUGACAUGCUAAGAAUGUACCAUGCCCUGAAGGAAGCCUUAAAUAUCAUUGGUGACAUUAAUACCACUACAACCAGCACCCCUCUACCACCACCUGUAGAUGACUCCUGGCUGGGAGUCAGGGAAAUCCCAUCUGGGCGAAGGUCUCCAACCUCAAGUCCUACACCACAAAGGAGAGCUCCUGCGGUUCCCCCAGUCAGGCCUCUGUCUCGAGGCCCUGCCCCAGGCCCUCCACCACCUGCUGGGCCCCCUCCUCAAGGACCCCCCGGUAGUGCCCCACCAAUUCCCUCUCGGCCUGGCGCCUCUCCGGAUCCAUUCGGGGCUCCACCUCAAGUCCCCUCCAGGCCCAACCGGGCUCCUCCUGGCGUCCCCAGGGACCGCCAAGGGUUCUAACUGACCUGGACUGAACUGCUCUAGGACCAGUAUGGGUUCCUACAGGGGACAAACAUCCAGGUUCUGUAAAUUGCCUUGCUAUGUAAUGUGCAUUGCCAUAUAAGGAAACAUUGACACACACCACUAAAACUUGCAAAAAAAAAGGCAAGCAAUGUCUAGACCAGUGAGAUUCAUAUCGCAGCCUGUCAAUGCAAGGAGGGGUACUUGCAACAUAUCUCCAUUCACCUGUAAAUCUCUGGGGCUUCUUUCACAGUCCACUUGGCUGUGAGAUGUUGCAGGAACUGAGGUUCAGUGCCGUGUCCCUCCUUCUCUUGCUGUUGUGGGAGAAUAUAUCAAGAUGCAGGGCCCAACCCAGCAUCCAGAGAACGGGUGAACAGACUAUGUGAAAGCUAGAGGACCUAUAGUUUGACAGAACUAUCAGACCCGUAGUUCCUCCAAUCUCUCACGCUUCCCCAGCACCACUUUCCUUUGGGAGAGUGAUUGGCCUCCACUUGGCAUCUGGCCAAACUGGAACUUGGGGGAGUCGAAGGCACAGGCAGUCACACAAACAGGUAGUGUAUAGGGAGCACCCUUGUGUACCCCUGGAGCAGGACACUGCUUGGCAGUGUGGCUUGUGAUGAAAGAUUGGUGAAUAACACUGGUCCAGGCAAUGAAUGUCUGUCCUCUUUAGGCACCUGUACCUUUGGCUGGUGAGGGCUUUGGUUUGAGCUUGUUUGUGCGAUGGAAAAUUGACCAGAGAAAGGGAGAGCAACUCGUGUGCACUUUUGUCUUCAUGAUCUGUUACCUUUGACCGUGUCCAUCUGCCAUCUUUAUUUGAUAUUAUCUUUCAGAAUAACAAUAAGUGACCCUUGAGGACAUUAACCCUCGACUGGUAUGUGCCGCUGCUCAUUAACACAUCCUCCUCUGCCGUGCUUUGCAUGACCAUCUCUCCACACACCUCUAUGUAGGCCUAGUCAUUAAAGGGGCACUGCUUUUAACGAGCAGUGAAGAGCAAGUGUGUGACAUAGUGUUGUAGUUUGUGUCACAACAUCAUGAAACUAUGUUGGUGUCAGAUAUGCUUUGUUGUAAUUUCUCUUCCUGCCGAUAAAGGCAGUGCCUUUAAAACUACCCUCCACUGAGCUAUUUCACCCGUCCCAGCGAUAGUACAGUAUGUGCACACCACGUUAGGAUUACAAAAAUACCAUUAUUA